AUGUCUACAACACAAAAGAAAGAUGACAGCUACCUGUUCACCAGUUCGUGCAUGUGUCCGCUGAAGGUGCAGAAGGACCAGCAACAGCAAGAAAAAUAUGUUGUUGCUCAACCAACAUUUGUUUUUGAGAAAGAAGAACACAAUUUUAAGAGACCUGCAGAAGACAGCCUGGACGAAACAGCAGAGCCAGAAUUCACUGGUUUCUUGAGAAAGCGUGUAAGGUCUUCAUCUGUCACGUUUCAUACUACAGAUUCUGAGUCUCUAGGAGUGGCAGCCUUAUCUCAGACGCGCCUGAGGUCCUCGUCAUUCACUGAUGUCCCAACCUUCCCUCCAACGAGGCCAGUGAGGAAAAACAAUGUUUUUAUGACAUCACGUCUGUUACAAAGGAGUGAUGACAUGAACAACGUAGAGCAAGGUCCCCCGGUGAGACCUUCGGAACAUGUUCUAAGACCCGCUGUUCUGCAGAUGUCUCAAACUCAUAGCUGUCAAAAAGUAGGCACAACAUUUGUGCCCGAUGCAUUGAAAUCCUGCAAAACUAAGGAAAAUGCCGAGCAGAAGGUAAGAAAAAUUGCCACAAACUCUGAUUUACUAAGUGAAAACUUACCAAAUGCCAGGAGUUCAGUCCAGCUGUCUACUGAUCCGUGCGUCUCAGAGGCACCAUCAGGAUGCCAACCAAAGGAAGAUAAGAGUUCUUUUAAAAGCUGCACUUCUGACUUCAUUUUUGGAGAAAACAUGGUAGAAAGAGUUUUGGGCACUCAAAAGCUUACCCAGCCUCCACUUCAAAAUCUUUCACAUAACAAGGAAAAAACAUUCAAAUCUGUUCUGAAAUUUCCUAAUGCUGCUUCAAAUUCAAACUCUAUUAAAAACAUAUCCCUAAUCGAAUCAGCAGCUGCUUUUUCCCCCAAACCAUCACAAAAAUGCUUGCUUGAGAAAAUUGAUGUCAUAACAGGAGAAGAAACAGAACAUAAUGUGUUAAAGAUCAACUGCAAGACCUUUGUAUUCAACAAAGCCACACAAUCCUGGAGUGAAAGAGGCCAAGGGAUGCUGAGACUGAAUGACACAGCUGGCCCUGAGUGCGGAACACUGCAGUCAAGACUAAUCAUGCGCAACCAAGGCAGUCUGAGGCUGGUCCUCAAUAGCAGACUCUGGGCUCAGAUGAAGAUUCAAAGAGCAAAUCACAAAAAUCUGCAAAUAACUGCGACUGAUUUAGAAGACGAUGGUAUAAAAAUAUUUUUAAUUCAGGCUAGUGCCAAAGACAUAGGUUGCCUGUAUGCAGCAAUACACCACCGCCUCGUUGCCCUUCGAAGCCUCAGUAAGCAGGGUGAUGGCGGUCCAGCUGAAAGCCAGUCGGAUACAGUCCUCCCGCAGUUCAACGAUGAGAGCUGUGAUGAGGAUGAGGGUGACAUCAUACAAGUCACUAAAAAUGGAUCCGAUCCUUCAAGGUGGAGCCACAGACAGUCAAUUGUCUGUUCAUAAGCCCUCUCUGCUAUAAACAUGACAUCUACAGAAAGAGUGGCCACUCUACUGAAAUGCCAGACCAUCCUAACUGGGAAGACUUUACUCAUACCUUAAAGAGUUUUUUUUUUAAAUUAAAGAAACAAACACAAUUUAUUGUAAUUAAA